CCAAAGGCAAAGCGAAAUAAAGGGAAAGAUAUGUAAGCUAUAAAGUCGGUAUGGCACUUAUUAAGUGCCCAUUAGCCGUCGAUUGCAGGUUCCCUUCUUUGUUUGCACAAACACAAACAUGUUUAUUCAAAAAUACAGCUUUUGAAGCAAAUGAUGAUGACUUUCAAGAGACUCCAUUACUUAGAAAAGGUAAAGAUAACAUCUAUUAGCCCCAUCUGUUUUAUAACUGAAUGUUGUAAUAGACAAGAACAUCCGUACUAUUUUGAAAGCU